GAAAUUCUCCAAUGUUUUUCUGGUUUCCAACAGAGUCAAAACGGCAAGGGAGAAGAGAGACGGGAGAAGAGAGAGAGAGAGAGAGAGAGAGAGAGGGACAAAAACUAAAAAGAUAAAAGCAAUGGCACUUUCAUCCUCAAAGCACUGGCCCUUCUCACCAACCCAAGACAGUCUCAACGGAAGCCUCAGAACAACCCCAGUUCAACUUCACUUGAUCAGAAACCCGUCUCCAUCACAAUCAAGAUCUCCCUUUCCAUCCUUGUCUCUUAAUGCUUCCAAGGCCCCGUCCCCACAAACCCAGGUCACCGGUCCGCCUCUGGUGGUUGUGGGAUCAGCCAAUGCCGACAUCUAUGUGGAGAUUGAUAGGCUUCCAAAGGAGGGCGAGACAGUCUCAGCCAAGCAUGGCCAGACUCUGGCCGGUGGGAAAGGGGCUAACCAGGCUGCUUGUGGUGGGAAGCUAUCAUACCCCACAUACUUUGUGGGGCAGGUGGGUGAGGAUGCUCAUGGGAAGUUGAUUUCUGAGGCACUUAAGGAUGGUGGGGUUUGUCUCGAUCAUCUCAGCACUGUAUCUGCUGCGCCCACUGGCCAUGCUGUGGUGAUGCUUCAGUCCGAUGGCCAGAACUCCAUUAUCAUUGUUGGGGGUGCCAAUAUGUCUUUUUGGCCUGACACUCUCUCUGAUGAGGAUUUGAAGAUUGUGAGGAAUGCCGGGAUUGUAUUGCUUCAGAGGGAAAUUCCUGAUUUCGUCAACAUUCAGGUUGCAAAGGCUGCAAGGGAUGCUGGUGUUCCAGUCAUUUUGGAUGCAGGAGGGAUGGAUGCACCAAUCCCAGUAGAAUUACUGAAUGUUGUUGAUAUUCUAAGCCCAAAUGAAAGUGAACUUGCACGACUAACCAGAAUGCCAACUGAAAGUUUUGAACAGAUUAGCCAAGCUGUGGCAAAAUGUCAUGAAAUGGGUGUUAAAGAAGUCCUGGUGAAACUGGGGGAGAAGGGGUCAGCUUUGUUUGUAAAAGGGGAAGAACCAAUUAGACAACCAAUCAUAUAUGCUGCAAAAGUUCUCGAUACCACCGGAGCAGGCGAUACCUUUACUGCUGCAUUUGCUGUGGCUUUUGUGGAGGGCAGGUCUAAAAAGGAAUGCUUGAGGUUUGCUGCUGCUGCAGCUUCUCUCUGUGUUCAAGUGAAGGGGGCCAUUCCAAGCAUGCCUGACAGACGGUCAGUUUUGGAUCUUCUACAGACCUGUUGACAAUGAAUAUGUUUGUUUGUAGGCUAGCUCAGGUACCAUAAACUUUGUUCUGAGGAUUUGGGUUGUGCUUCUACCUUUGAUCUAAAACAAAAUAUUAAAUAAAUAAUAAAAAAUAAAAAAGCAUGUUGAACAGAA